GCGAUGAUAUAUGUGACCGCCUAUGGGUAAAGUUGCCCAAUUGGGCAUAUGCACGUGGCGGGAAUGGGAUUUGUGGUUCUCCGCCGGCAAGGAGGAGUGAAGAGACAGGAAUUCAUUACGCACGACCAGGACCCGAGGCAGGCUAUAUAACUCCUCCUUCCGCUUUCCCGUAAGUCCCAUCUCCUCACCCAUGCUGUCUUCCUGUUGUGGCAUCAUGCUUGCUCAGUCCAUGCGCGACACGUUAGACGAUAACAGUGAUACUUGCUCGAUAAUGUCGGGCUCGACUUUAUCACGCUUUCCACCAAGCAAUGCAAGCUCUGCUACCUCAGACUGGGAGAUGCGGACACCUUCACCAGAGCCUUCGGUCUAUUCAAUGACUACUUCGAUGCGAGAAGCUGCUUAUCGUGAACUGCACGGUCGCAAUGUCAAUAGCUACUCUGACGUCUACUCCUUGCCAGCCGACGACCAAGAGCUGCAGCGACUAGACCAUCAACAUGAGAUGUUCAAGGCGACCAUGGGAAAAUACCCUCCCCCGCUACCUGUUAUCCUCGCCGAGCAACCUGGCAUCCAGAAGUUGGCCGUCGAUCUAGGCUGUGGCAGUGGGAGCUGGAUCCUGGAUGUUGCUCGCGACUUCCCGCAUUGCAGCUGCGUCGCCAUAGAUUUGGUGCCAAUGCAGAACCUGGAUAUGCCACCCAACUGCAGGAGCGAAGUUGACGACAUCAAUCUCGGCUUAGAUCACUAUCUCUCGACUUUUGACGUUGUCCAUGCACGUCUCAUUUGCACGGGAAUUAAAGAUUAUGCUGGGCUUGUCAACCACAUGGCGCUAGCGCUCCGCCCUGGAGGACUCCUCGACCUAACAGAGUACAACUUCAUUAUUCAUGACGCAAACAGAAAACCUAUCGUCAUCACCGACGACGAUGUACUCAACAUGCGGGGACCAUGGUUACCUCGAUGGAUGAAACUUGCGCAGCGCGCGAUUCGACACCGAGGUGGAGAAGUUGAUGCUGCGGACCAUCUCUAUAUGUGGGUUUCCCACCAUGGUGCAUUCCAGGAUGUCGUCCAUAGACAGUUCUGGUACCAAGCGUCUCCUUGGAACCGCCACAACGACGCGGAAUCUCGUCGACAGAAUGAGAUCGCGACGACCAUGAGGGAAGAUAUGCUGGAAUUCUUGAAGUCAGGUCGACCACUGCUUCUAGGAGCAGGCAUUCCCGAGGAUAUCGUGAACAUCAUUGAAGAGCGCGCUCGCGCUGAGCUGAAUGAGGCAAGAACGCCGUUGUACAUCCUGAUCGAAAACAUUUACGCCAUCCGACGCAAUAAUUAGACUAGACUUGCGUUUGUUCUUUUCUUUUUUUUUUCCAACUGCUUGGCUCUGAGGUUUGUGUUACUCUUUCUGGUCCCAUUUAUAUGAUGCGAUACCCUCCCAAGUCCAAAGAUCUUUGUAUGAUAGCCGUUUUUUCUAGGGAAAAAUGUAAAUAUACUUGACUCGUUGAUGCUGUUUAUACCAAGCUUACUAUGGUGCCGAAUAUCCGUUUAAAGAUGGAACCACCUCGCUAUGCCCGACGAACUCCACCUUAACUUCGAAGCAAAGCACUUCCCAUAUUGGGGAUGCUCGGUGAUUGCCAUUCCCAUUCCACAGCUCCUAUUGGUUGCAAGAUCCCCAGUACUUCAAGAAGCCGACGAAUUGUGAGGUGCUCUGUAUGAAAUAGACUCAAACUCCCACAUCCAGACAAUCAGGGAACAAACGAAUACCUUAUUG